GAAGCGUACGAAGGUGACGGGACGUCGUUUUAGGGAUUGCUCGUGCUCGUGGGCCCGGCCCAUUUUCGAGACGGGCGAUCCGCGACCAGCUCGGAAACUUGCGGUUUCUCUCGGAGCCUCGACGACCAAGGAAUGCGAGGAAAGGGAAAAGUAGAGGGGAUCGCAGGAGAGCGAUUGGAUCUGCUAUUGGUGGUCCCAGCGGCGAGGCGUUGUGCGUGUAGCUUUGCUCGACUGCUUCUAAUAUUGUACUUUUGUGCAGUUUGGCGAAGGGUCAACAGUUAAAGUGGUUCCGACUGGUUUCUUUCGUUCGAAUCUUGUGGCUCCCUGUUUCGAGUUCUUAAUUUGGCCUCUUGGUUGCACCUCAACUCUACCCCUCCCGCCGGAGGCUACUGCUGUUGAUGCUCGCGUUUUAUAACCCCUUCGUCGAAUGAUGUUCGCUGCAUACUCUUUUGCCAAGAAUUCGACGGGACGACACGGACCCUCCAGCAGUGACUCUGAGGUAGCUGUGGCUGCUUCCCAUCCCUUCAUUCAUUAAAACUCCGGAGUUCACUAGGAGAGACCCGGACCUGUCUCUUCCCAAUCUCUUCGUCCUCUCCCUCGUGCUCUCCGGAGUCACGAUAAAAUUCGCGGGGACUUUCUAGUUUCUUGGGACUGGGGCGGGUUGUAGGGGUGGGUUGAGCCGGCGACAAGCUCGCGGAUUUUUCAGCUGAUCGGUAAAGAGGAUGACGUUCAUCAAUCCCAAUGACGUCGCGUCCGCACUGCAAUCGAGACCUAGUGCGAAAGUAACGAGCGCUCUUCGUUCUUCUGAUCAGGCGCCUCUUCUGCCCUCUGGAAAUUCGCGUCCCGCUGCUGUGCAUGGGCAUCCUCUAUCUUCUGUGAAGAAGACUUUCGGAAACAUAGUGAUUUCCAUCGUCGGGGCUGGAGUUUUGGGCUUGCCCUACACCUUUUUGCAGUCCGGAUGGCUGUCGGGAUGUUUGGUGCUGCUAGCCGUCGCCGCUGCUUGUUACUACACGAUGAUGUUACUUGUACAGUCGAAGAGGAAAUUGGAGAACGACGGAGUGGAUGGGAUGGAAACGUACAGCGAUUUAGGGCUCUUCACUUAUGGCAAAGCAGGGCAAUUUGCCGUGGAUUUAAUGGUCGUAUUGAGCCAGGGAGGUUUCUGUGUCGCCUAUUUGAUCUUCAUCGGCGAGAAUUUGGCCACCGUCUUCUCCAGCAACGGGGACAAAGUGGACAAUUCGGCAUCCGGAUGGGUGGAUUUGAGUAGCGCGUCCCGUGACGAUGGACACAUUUACAGCAUCGGAGGAAUUCUCAGUAGCAUAGGCGCCGCGUGGGUCGGGUGGAAAGGAAAGUCCGUGUACAUCUGGAUCGUGUUCCCCAUGCAAGUGCUGCUGGCGUCAAUUCGAUCCCUCACCCGCCUCGCGCCGUUCAGCAUAUUCGCAGACGUUGCCAAUUUCUCAGCUAUGGCCGUCGUGAUGAGCGCGGACAUCGUCGUGUUCAGAGAGAGAGGAAUCAGUAGUGUGGACUCCUUCACGGGGCUCGGAUCCCUCCCGUUCGUCAUCGGGGUGGCAAUCUAUUCUUUCGAGGGAUUUGGCCUCGUUCUCCCUCUAGAGAGCAACAUGAAGGAUAGAUCCAAGUUUGGCCAAACUCUGGCUCUGGCUAUGACUUGCAUAGGUCUCGUGUACACAACGUUUGCCUGUCUCGGCUACUUCGCAUUUGGAGAAUCGACGAGGGAUAUCAUCACCCUAAAUCUCGGAGAUAGCUGGCAAACCACCAUCAUCAAGCUCGCGCUGUGCAUGGGCCUGUUCUUCACCUUCCCCGUGAUGAUGCACCCGGUGCACGAGGUGUUGGAGCGGAGAAUCGUCGGCAGGAACUCUCUUCCCGUCAGAUGCAUCACCAUCGUAGUGAUUGCUUGGAUGGCGGUCGCCGUGCCCCAUUUUGGCGAUUUCCUCUCGCUCGUCGGGAACAGCGUAUGCUGCAUUCUCUCUUUCGUCAUGCCUGCUAUGGUCCAUCUGCACGUGUUUUCGGAUGAGCUCAUGUGGCAUGAGUAUGCUAUAGACUACAUUUUCAUAGUGUUUGGUCUCAUCUUCGGGAUCUGGGGAACCAUUACUUCUUUGCAUGGUCUCUUCAACUGAUCGAGUCUCGGGACUUUUCAAGUUAAGAGAAACGGAAUUAGAGAGCUACAGCAGCCGGUGUGUAAUUUUCCGCAGGAACUCCAGGACGGUUGGACAUACUUGGCAUCUGGCGAGGAAAGUAUAAUGCGUAAAACAUUGAAAUGUCAGUGUGGAAGCCAUACCAGUCGUACGAGUGUACACCGCAGUUUUCUUCGUGCUUUCCAUCGAAUUGAGUAUUUACCUGUCGGAUUGGACUGUCGCAUAUAGAGGAGUGAAAGACACCAUUCUUAUACGUUCUGUCUGCUCGGAGAAAAUGGAAAAUUCUUUGGAAGCCCCGUCGUAAUUUUCAGGGCGUUCUCGGCUUCCUGAUCUGUUAAGAUAUUUUCCUAACUCGAGAGUUCGACUCGGUUCAAUGUGAGGCCGUCCGUCUCCAGGUUUAUUCACAUUGAGAGGGAGAAUUUGCUGUUCCCAACCGAAAUAGGGUUGCGAAACGCCCGUGCAGGAGAAUGCAGCGGCAGCAGGUUUCGCCUCUUCUGGUGUAUUUUCAUCGUAUCGAUCCAUUGCGCUUGGCUUUGUCAAGCAAAUUUUAUGUACAGACAAAAAAUCACUGCCUCUCAGGAGUGAUCGAGAUGCGGGAAUCAUGUUUAGUUUAGAUUACCCUUGUAACAAAUUGUUGUUCGGAAGUAGUUUACAGCAAAGUUUUUCGAGCCUAGGACCAACAAGUCCACCUUUCCGAAGAUGUCGGCGGCUUUAUUGUACAUAUUACGCCUGAUUUAGAUAAACUGUGGAUGGUCUGAACCCAAUGGAUACCUAUGUGUCUACAUUUUUUUUAUAUUAUAAUGGCCGACAUUUCGAGCGAGUACUUUCUCUGAUUCCAGCUUUGUUCUCCUCUGUCGAUCCAAAUCAGAAAUCGACUGAAUCUUGUGCAUUUUCGUCAGCUUUUUCCGAAUGGCAGGUAGUGUCAGUUGUGGAAACUUUAAGUACGUUGUGAAGAUUUUACGGGCAUUGUAUACACUGCAGAGAUGAUUGAAUAAGACUUUUGGUUUCAUUUGCAAGUCGACACUCUCAUAGGGCCGUUCGCCUGGGGUGCGGGGUCCAUGGAAUUGCCAGUUUGUACAGCUCUAAUGGACCGUGUGAUUGGAGGGACUUUAGUACUGAUUUCUGACAGGAGGUUCAUUAAUAACCUUGACAUUCUCACAUUGGGCUAUGCGCGGGCUACAGGUGGCUGGGAAGUGUCCGUGUUCCAAAAGUUUCCGACCUGUUCAAUUGUGCUUGUGUGAAAACUGUUGGUUGGUCCUCAUGGUUGCAGACGGACACGCUGACUCUUGCCUUGGUGGGUGGAGGCAGCACACCUCUUUGAGGCCAACGCAUCUGACCUACUACGUCCUUGUAGUGUGCUGUCUUUCCUAUAUUCACAAGCCGGAGCAAUGCCAUUGUCCUCGAUAAUUCUCAAAACUCCACGAAGGUCAUAUGUUCUCCUCCACUGCCUGUGGGCCUCAUCGUUUCAUCUUUUAGUUAAAUAUCCAGAAAAUCACUCCUGUUUCCGAUACUCCGUGGGGCACAUCGGGCUGCAACUCUAGAGUCUAAUUCUAGACAGACUAACAUGAAUGUAUCCAUCCCUGUUGGUUCAUUUACAAGUAGAAG